UUUAGAGUAAGAAUAAUACAAAGCCAUUGGAACUGAAAGAAUCGACACAAUGUGGUGUCUAUGUUAAGGACUUGUCCUGUUAUGUAGUCAACAGUGUCUCAGAUUUGGAUAAAUUGCGAAAAAUGGGUGAAAAGCAUAAAGUGAUGGCCUCCACUAAUAUGAACAAAGAGUCGAGUCGUUCACACACUAUAUUCACCAUAACUAUAGAAAUGAUUAUCGGAACCGAUUCCAAGUCUUCAUCCUUAAGAGUGGGAAAAUUCAAUUUAGUAGAUUUGGCCGGUUCUGAGAGACAGUCCAAGACUGGAACCACUGGCGAUCGGCUCAAAGAGGCGGCAAAAAUUAAUUUAUCGCUCACUUCCUUAUCACUUGUGAUCGCAGCCCUUACCGACUCUAAGGCCACUCAUAUUCCUUAUCGAAACUCAAAACUAACUCGAAUUUUAUCCGAUUCUUUGGGUGGCAAUUCUAAAACACUACUCAUUGCUUGUAUUGGACCGGCAAAAGUGAAUAUAGAGGAGAGUGUGAGUACAUUGAGGUUUGCCUCCACUACUAAACACAUCAAAAACAAAGCCGUCAUCAAUGAAGACGCAAAGGAUGCUCUUCUGAGACGUUUUCAGCAGCAAAUCGAUGAACUCAGACAUCAACUCGAGUUGGAAGCAGAGGAAAAUGAAGCCAACGGCGACUCACUUAUCAUUAGAAGUGAAGCAAACGGCACAAUGGGUGCAAUGAUUCCGAAUGAGAUUCUUGAAAAACUCAAGAGUUUAGAGAACAAGAUAUGUGUUGGCGGAGAGAAUCUCAUAGAAAAGGCUGAACUACAGCAACAACUGAUCGCCAAAAGUGAGGCCGAAUUACAGGAGCGACGAAACAAAGAGAAAGAAUUGCAGACAACUCUUGAGAUGAAACAGAAGGAGUUCCUCGAAAUGGAAGACUCUUACGGCACACUUCAAGAGGAGGUGAACGCACUCAAUAAAAAACUCAAAAAGGCGUUUUAUUACUUAAAAGACGCAAAAAGCGAAUUAAAUGACAUUCAGUCUGAAUAUGAGAAACUUCACGAAGACUUACUCGACUCCAUACGUACUGCCAAUAAAGAGAUUAAACUCGCAAACUGUCUCAUCAGUCAUUACAUUCCGGACUCUCAGCAUGAAGUCAUACAAAAUGCGUCCAAAUAUAAUGAAUUGGUUGGCGAGUGGCAGCUCAGGUGUAUCGCUUACACCGGCAAUAAUAUGCAACAG